UUUUACAAAUAUGAAUGGUACUAAUGACACACUUUGUUGUGAGACCUAAUAGAUAUGCUAUGUUUAAUAUUAUCUAUUAUUUCACAAAAUGUACUAACAUGAAAAGUUUUAAACACCAAGGCCUGGUUUCACAGACAGGGCUUAGAUUAAGCCAGGAUCAGGCUUUAGUUCGAAUAGGACUUUUAAGUAGCUUUUAUAAACGUGCCUUAGAAAAAAACAUUACUGGUGUGAAUCUUGAGACAUGGCACUAUAUACAUAUUUUAAGAUAUGUCAGUGCAAGUUGCUUUCAGUUAAAACAUGCAUUUUAGUCCAGGACUAGGUUUAAGCCUUCUCCCUGAACUGGGGGCAAAUGUCGGUGUGGAAGAAUAACAGAAAACGAAUAUAGAAAUUAAACACAAAUAGUGCAUAAACAGAUAGUCUAUACAACAUAUUUCUAAUACGAUGUAGGGAAUGAAUGGUAUAAAUUGGACAAAUGAUGUACUGUUUGUUUUUUUGCAUGGGGAAAAAUCAGGAGUGGUCAUUUGAAAAUGUUUCUGAUGUCAUGGUGGAACAAUCCAUCUGUUUGACACAUCCUCACGCAUGCGCAGCGAUGCUCUAACCAGCCAAUCAGACGAGCCGCGCUAUUUUGAUGCAUAUUUUGAAUCCGACAGAAACGGUUGCCCGUACGAGUGCGAGGACUGUACAGUCUAAUAUUCUGUUAUAAAAUACAAAUAAACAAGCGAAAAACUUUGUAUUGGGGUUCUAGGAUGAGGAAGAGUGAGGUAAUUGCUGCAGAAUCAGUGGCAUGUCUGAAUAAAGCUCUCUGCCAUCUGAAGGACAUCUGGGAGGAAAUUGGCAUCCCUGAGGAUCAGCGAUUAGAAAGAACAAAUGUGGUUAAGAAUCAUAUCAAAGGUCUUCUGGACAUGAUGAUCGCAGAAGAAGAGAGUCUGCGGAAACGUCUGAUGACCAGUAUUGAGAAAUGUCACAAAGAGUUGAGUAAAUUGUGCUUGGAACUGCAGCUUCCCCCAUUUCAGGAGGAGAGGAGUAGCAGCACUAUGCUCCAGCAGGAAAAAGACCUCCGGACCCAUGUUGAAGUGAUGUUAAAAGAGAAAAAUCAGAGAAUGCAAGCACUCAAAACCUUAACCGAGCAGGAGCAGGAUCUCUGUGACCUUCUCUGCUCACAGCCAUUUUCUAUCUCUGCCAAUUCUGUUCCGUCUCUGGAACAGCUGGAGAAUUUCCGUCAACACAUCUCCUGUCUCACUGCUGAGAAAGAGCGGAGACAUAAUGAAUUUGUCACAUUGAAGAAGAAGAUAAUACUUUGCAUGGAUGAUCUGGAUCAGUUGCCUGAGACUAGUUUUGAAAAGGAUGUUGUAUGUGAAGAUGAAGAGAGUUUUUGCUUGUCGACAGAAAACAUUGAUUCACUCAAAGUCCUUCUUCACCAGUUGGAGAACAGAAAGGCUGAGUGUCAAUGUGUCUGUGGCUCUUAUCGGGAGAAGAUCCAGGAACUGUGGGAAAGGUUGCAGAUUCCACAGGAAGAGCGUGAUGCAGUUUUUGAACACAUGACCCUGACAAAGAAAAGGAAUAUGGAAGCUUUACAAGCUGAGGUCAAGCGUCUUGAAGAAUUGAAGAUUAAAAAUAUGCAGAAUGUGACUGAGGCCAUUCGGAAGGAGAUUGCAGUGUUCUGGGAUAAGUGUUUUUAUAGUGCUGACCAACGGCAAGCUUUUGUGCCGUAUUAUGAUGAUGAUUUUAGUGAGGAACUCCUGAGCUUACAUGAUGCAGAAAUUGUGCGACUAAAACAGUAUUACGAGGAUCAUAAGGAACUCUUUGAAGGUGUUCACAAAUGGGAGGAGAGCUGGAGGCUUUUCUUAGAGCUUGAAGAAAAGGCCAAAGAUCCAUCCAGAUUCACCAACAGAGGAGGAAACCUUCUGAAGGAGGAGAAACAACGGGCUGAUCUGGUCAAAGGUCUCCCCAAGCUUGAGAAGAAACUGAAGGCUGAGAUUGAACAAUGGGAACAAGAACAGAACAGAGAGUUCCUGGUGAAUGGUCAGAAGUUCAUGCAGUUUGUUACUGAUCAAUGGGAGUCGUACCGGCAGGAGAAGGAGCGGGAAAAGCAGGAGCGGCAACUAAAGAAGAGCAAGCAGACAGAGGAGGACAUGGUCUAUGGCACUGUGGUCCGGACACCGACUAAACGAAGAUUUCUGGGCAGCACAACACCUUGCAAAGCUCGAAAGCUAAACGCUACCUCCAGUACUGGCACUUCUAACAGCACUAUCCGAUCUGUCUUUGGUGGUACCGUCUGUCAUUCUCCUAUAUCGCGCCCUCCGAUUUCUGCAAGCAAGCAGGGUAAUGUGGUGAAGACUCCAGGCCGCGGCAAACCUCCUCAUCAAGGUUUGCUAGAACGCAAUAAGGAAAAUAUCUGUCAUGUAACUGGUGGCGUGGCUGGGAUGAUGAAGGUACCAUCUAGUCCACAGCGUAACUUCAGCAUUAAUUCUGUGGCAAGCACCUAUUCAGAGUUUCAGCGAGACCUCUCCAAGUCAUCGAAAUCAAAACACGUACCUGACAUCCUGAACUCAACCAUCAUUCAACUUUAACUCUACUGCAUGCAACACUUUGUGCUAUUAGGACUGGGAUCUUUAAAUGAUGGCUUGUGGGUUCUUGUUCUUUAUAGCUAUAGCUAUGCAUUUUAUAUGUAAAUGAAGGUAAUAUAUAUAUUUAAAUAUUUCUGAGGGAUUUUGCAUGUAUGUUCACUUUAACACUAGGACAAACACUGCUUUAUUUGUACUUGCAAUUUAACAAAUGAAUGUGCAUUUUAAUGUUACAACUAGUAAGCUGUCUCAAACAAAUUAAGACUUUUAAAAAAUGAAAUACUAUAGAGUUCUUUCUCAGUGUUAGUUAUUUUGUCAAAAUCACAGUGUUUUUCUAGUAUGAUUUUGAAUGUUUUGCACAAUGUAAAAAACCUUUAUUGCAUUCUUUAUAGUAUUGUACAUUCCACUACAUAAAAUUUCACAUUUGAA